AUGCUAUACAAGGGUGAAGCAAAUGCAAGAUGGUACACUUUGUGCAUUCAGGCUGCGCAUCUACCAUUGAACCUCAAAGAUUUCGCAAGAAUUUUCCCCUACCACAUUUGUUUCAAUCGGCAGAUGGUGGUCGAACAUGUUGGUAAGUAUCUGCUAGUGGAAUACGGUCUUGCAGACAAGAAGAUGCUGAAAUUGACUGAGCUUGUGCAACUAAUACAGCCUGCCGAUAUACAGCAAUUGACACACAAAAGCAUUAUGACAUAUCUAAACACGCUGUUUAUUUUCCAACUAAAACACCAUUGUCCUCGCAAUGAAGUGGAAAAAGGAUCAAGUCAAGCAUUCCAGCAACCGCUUUCUCUCAAAGGUCAAAUGAUGCCCGUGAAUGGUGGAAAUUCUAUCAUGUUCCUUUGCUCUCCACACGUCACAUCUGUUCGGGACAUCCUGGAUUUGAAGCUUUUUAUCUCGGAUAUGCCCAUGCAUGAUGCAACGAGGGAUUUGGUGAUGUUAAAUCAGAGUCGAAUAUGUCAAAUGGAAUUGAAUAAGCGACUGGAGGAGACUGUGCGAAAAAUGAAAGGAUUGGCCGAGGAGCUGGAGAAAAAGAAACAGCAGACUGAACAUUUGCUAUAUGAAUUCGUACCAGAAGUGAUCGCAAAUGCUUUUCGCCUUGGGAAACCUGUACCACCUCGUGAGUUCCUUGUAAUCUACCCUAAAUUCGCAAUAUCCAUCAUAUCGGAAACGUAA